AUGGCGAACCUUGAAGAUUCGCCCUUCUUCAGGCAACAAAAGAGCAAAGGCGAGCCAAUCGUGACAGACCUACCCAAGUUUGAUCUCGAAUCAUACAUUGCCAACUAUGCUGGCUUCACACGCAUUGACCGACUCCAACAUAUCGGCUCUCACUCGCCAUAUCUCGCCGUAGACGCCUAUCGACUUGCCAUUGCAGAGGCGAAGAAGGGCAAGAAUGUUGGACUAUACACGACGCUUGUGGAGCAGUUCAGUGGUAUUGCACCACAGGACCCUGCAGCCCUGACGGACACGGCGUGGGCCGAGAAAAAGACGCGCGAAGUGCAGCAGGAGCAAGAGAGGCUGGAACACGAAUUGAAGUCGUACAAGAACAACCUGAUCAAGGAGAGCAUACGGAUGGGCAACGAGGAUCUCGGCCACUUCUACUACGACACAGGCGACUACCAAAACGCCCACAAGGCAUACGUGAAGAUGCGCGAACACUGCACUUCCAACAAGCACCUCGCCGACAUGACCCUUCGCCUCGUCUACGUCAGUGUCGCCCAAAAGUCCUGGCUCAGCGUGCAGUCCAACCUCACCAAAGUCGACUCUGCCCAACUCAAGGGCGAAGAGAAAGCCAAGCUGGAGCCCAUUGUCUCUGCCGUGACAGGCCUCUCGCACAUGGCCAUUGGCAAUUUCCGCGACGCAGCCUCCUACUUCCUCUACACCUCACCCACCUACCUUACGACGGAGCCUGCUGCCAACAUCAAGUGGCAGACCGAAGUCCUGUCCGCCAACGACGUAGCCGUGUACGGCGGCCUCUGCGCCCUCGCCUCCAUGGAUCGCGCGGACUUGCAGGAAAAGGUUCUCGCCAACAGUGACUUUCGUAACUUUCUAGAACUAGAGCCGCACAUUCGCCGUGCCAUCAACCUCUUCUGCAACUCAAAGUACAGCGCUUGUCUUGAAGUGUUGGAGGGUUAUCGCACCGAUUAUCUUCUCGAUGUGUAUUUGUCCAAGGUGCUCAACACAAUCUACGGCCGUAUCCGUACCAAGAGUAUAGUACAGUACUUUGUUCCCUUUAGCUGCGUCACGCUGGAUGAAAUGGCGACCAAGUUUCCGCCGGCAGGAGAGACCAGCAUCGAGGAUGAACUCGAGGAGAUGAUCAACACGAGAACGCUCGAAGGACGCAUCGACCUCGUGGACCGCCUGCUCAUCUCGCCUGCUACGAACCCCCGCCACGAAGUCCACGCCGAGGCGCUGGAAAUGGCGGAAUCCUACGACCACACACUGAGGCUGCGUCUCUUGCGGCUGAAUAUGCUGGCUGCCUGUAUGGAGGUUUCGGCGAAUAAGGGUGGAAGUGCAAGUGAGAAGAUGAGCAGUCCCAGUCUGGGCGAGGGAAUCAGUGCGAGUUUGAGGGGAAUUGGCUCCAAGAUGUUCUCUUAG